AGCCUGUUGGACGCCUCGCGAUGGUCUUUUCUUGUCUCAUGUGUGAUGGGGGCUCUUGAUGGUGCUCCAUCAGGAGGAGAAGUGUGCAUCAAGUGGAUCUGGAUUUGACAACAGAUGAGUCGCGGUAGGCAGAGGCAGGAGUAGAGAGCUUCGUGUACGACAAGACUUCAACACGACGAUCAGAAUGAUUCCCCGUCACUAUAAUGGAUUUAACUCGCUAUCACACUUUUGAAUUACUUGCAUGCACAGUUCUCAUCUCAUCACUGUUGGUGAUAGAUGGUGCAUCUCCUGACAAACUGCCUUCACCGGUGGACCAGUGCUCUCCAAACCCCUGCCAAAACAGGGCGAUAUGCCGAACCCGCGGGGACAGCUACUCGUGCUUCUGUGUGCCGGGGUUCCAAGGUGCUCACUGCCAGAUUGAUGUGAAUGAGUGUGCUUCACAGCCCUGCAGGAACGGGGCCACAUGUGUGGACAAAGUGGGCAGGUUCUCCUGUCUGUGUUCUCCUGGGUACACUGGGGCCACUUGUGAGGUCCUGAUUGACGAGUGUCAAUCACAGCCAUGUCUCAGUGGCGGCAGUUGCCAUGGCUACGUCGGCGGCUUCACUUGCACCUGCCUGCCCGGUUACCAAGGACACCGAUGCGAAAUCAACAUUGACGAGUGCCAAGAGCAGCCAUGCCAGAAUGGGGCUCUGUGUAUAGAUGGGGUGAAUGACUACAGCUGUGACUGCUCUCACACAGCCUUCACUGGCAGACACUGUGAGACACCACUACCACCAUGCCACUCUGAACCAUGCUUCAACAGCGCCAUCUGCAAGGACAACCAGGGUAACUACAGCUGUGAAUGCUGGCCAGGGUUUGAGGGGCGUCAGUGUGAAAUUGACAUCAAUGAGUGUGGCAGCAACCCCUGCAUGCAUGGAGGCAGCUGCAUUGAGAGAUCAUGGCCCAAUCUGUAUGGCAUCGAGCCUGUGCUGCCUGAACACUAUGACCCGCAGAAUGCUGCAGGCUACAUCUGCAACUGUGUUGGAGCUACAGGUUCCCUCUGCCAGGAGGUGAUAGACCAGUGUGACCCCAGUCCCUGCCAGAAUGGAGGCAGGUGUGAGAGCCACAUUGGAGGCUAUACUUGCCACUGUCACAAACAGAGUCAGGAUGGCGUCCUCUAUGGAGGUGUAAACUGUGAUGUGAGGCUAGUGGGCUGUGAGGGGCAUGAAUGCCAGAACCAAGGCUCCUGCUAUCCAUUCCUGUUGGAUCGGACUCAUGGAUACACCUGUUCCUGUGUACCUGGGCACACUGGACCCCUCUGUACGACCCCCACCACCUUCUCCUUUGAACGGAGAGGCUACCUGCUGCUGCAGAGUCCCCUGGUGGAUGCUGCAGUGUCCUGCAACAUCACUCUCAGCUUCAAGACUAUUCUGCCCAGAGCGUUGCUGUUCCAGCGGAACAGCAGGGGGCUGCUGCUGAGCCUGGAGCUGGACGAAGGGCGGCUUCGUCUCAUGCUGAGGAAGGAGGCCUCUGCUGGGCCUGAAGCAGAAAGCCCAAGCCAGGUCCUGGAGCUACCACACAAUGUCACAGAUGGAGAGUGGCAUUCUGUAGAGGCUGUGCUCGGAAACUGGGUGCUCAGUCUGACACUCUUGGAUGAUGCUGGAAGCUGUGGGAGCCAGUCGUGCCACACUGUGGCCCCAGUCCAAAGCACCCUGGCCAGGCUGGUGUCACCUCCUCAGAACACUUACAUUGGAGGAGUGCUUCAGGACUCAAAUGGCCACAGCGAGGACUCUCCAGUUCCAGCAUUUAUUGGCUGCAUGCGGGAUGUGUUUGUGGACUGGCAGCUCAUCGUCCCUGAGGAAUGGCUGAGUGACUCUGCUGUGAAUGUGUCCCCUGGCUGCAGCCACAGGGACCACUGCCUGGACGUGCCUUGCCAAAACAGAGGACAGUGUGUCAACCUGUGGCAGAGCUACCAGUGCCGAUGUCCGAGGCCUUAUAAGGGGCAGGAUUGCGAGGAGGAACAUGUGCCUGCACGCUUUGGGAACGAGGACUCUCAGAGUUAUGCAGCAUUCACUGUCACCGACCAUCUGGGUCACAACCUGUCCAUCUCCCUCUUCCUGCGGACACGGAGGCCCAAUGGACUCCUCCUGGCGCUGGCCAGCAACAGCAGCAGCCCUUACCUGCACAUGUGGCUGGAGGACGGCAGGGUCGCAGUUCAGCUGGAUAACUCUGAGAGCCUAAAGGCUGAGAGUGCGAUCGAUGACGGGGAAGUCCAUUUUGUGAGUGUAGAGGUGGCGGAGGGUCGUAUGGCGCUGUAUGUAGCAGCUCAGGAACAGGGUGAUGUGGAAGUCAGGACAGUCGAUGUCCAAGCUGGAGAUACUGUGUAUGUGGGAAGUCUGUUGGACACGGCCUCAGAGUUUGGUGGAUAUUUUAAAGGCUGUAUCCAGGACCUGAGGAUCAACGACAGGAGGCUGCAGUUCUUUGGGACAGACACCUUAGUGAAAUAUUAUCCUCUGGUGUUCAUGGAAAACGUGACAGCUGGAUGCUCUGGGGACGACGCCUGCAGUAGAAACCCUUGUCUAAACGGCGGGAUGUGCUAUUCCAUGUGGGACGACUUCACCUGCACCUGCCCUCCCAGCACAGCAGGGCGGCGCUGUGAAGAGGUCAGGUGGUGUGAGCUGUCACCUUGCCCCAUGGACUCAGAGUGCAGGAUGCUGAACCAGGGAUAUGAAUGCUACUCCAAUGCAACGUUCCUGAAUGACAGCACCGUGCUGUCCUACCGGGGCAACGGACACAUUACCCGUAAUCUAACCAACCUCUCCCUAAACCUACGCACACGAAAGCGCAACACAGCUAUACUCCAUGCAGAGAAUGGCUCGGCAUUCGUCAUACUCUCCGUCCAGGAUGGUUUCCUCUUCAUGGAGCUCCAGAGCACCACUGUAGACAACAGAGAGGAGGAGGAAGGAGAGACAGGUGCGUCCACAGUCAGUCUCAGCAGCAGGAGGAGUGUUAGUGAUGGUGAGUGGCACAGCAUCCACCUGUUUAUGUCAGCGCCGUGGGCAGAAACUUCCCGGUGGACUCUGGUGGUGGAUGAAGAAAUAGAGGAAGCCAGCACUUCCAGUAGCCAAGGAGGCAACCUUAACUUCCUCAGGCAGGGGGUGGACAUCUUCUUAGGGGGCCUGGCCCCUGAUGCUGGGUGGUCCCUGACUGGGUGCCUGGGCACAGUAGAGGUGGGUGGCAUUGCCCUGCCUUACUUCAGCUCCUCUGAUGUGAACCUGCCCCGCCUGCAGAAGGAGCAGUUCAUCCAGACAUCGCUGCAGCCACCGAUCCUCGGCUGCAGCGGGGCGUCCGUGUGUGAGCCCAACCCCUGCCUGAACGGAGGGGAGUGCCAGGACCUCUUCAACACCUACAACUGUAGCUGUGCAGCAGGGUGGGCAGGGAGACGCUGCGGCUUCUUCACCAACACCUGCGCCUCUAGUCCCUGCGUUCACGGCAACUGCAGCGUGAAAGGGCUGACCUACGAGUGCACCUGUGAGUUUGGCUACGCAGGUGUGGACUGUGAUGAGGAGGUGGAUAUGUGUGAAAACCACCUGUGUGCCCACGGAGGCACCUGUCUGCACGGGCCGGACAGGUACGCCUGCCUCUGCCCUGAGAACUACACUGGACCCCUUUGCAAUGAGCGCAUUGAAGAGAUUCCAUGGUACAUUGUUGUCAGAAAUGUACGGCCCAAGCUGCCUGUUUCUGUGUGCGGCGAUGACACAAGAAACUACACCUGCUUCAAUGGAGGCAACUGCACUGACCGAGAGCUGUCCUGUGACUGUCCACCUGGCUUCAUUGGACACCGGUGUGAGCAGGAGGUGGACGAGUGCAAGUCUAACCCCUGUCUAAAUGGAGGCUACUGCCGCAACCUCAUCAACAAGUUUGUGUGCGUGUGCGACAUGAGCUACGCUGGAGACACGUGCCAGACGGACUUGACCUCUGAGGGUUUGACCUCUGACCUCCUACUAUCCAUCAGUCUGGUGUCUGUCAUCCUGCUGCUGGUUCUCAUCCUUACCUCCGUCAGCCUGGUGGUGGCGCUAAAUCGCCGUGCCACCCACGGCACCUACAGUCCGAGCCGGCAGGAGAAGGAGGGAUCCCGGGUGGAGAUGUGGAGCAUCACUCAGCCUCCACCUAUGGAGAGACUCAUAUGAGAAGACUGUGUUUACAUGCAGGGUGGAACGUGGUUACUGUAGCGAUGACGGAGCUGAUGUUAGAAACACACCUUAUAAUGGAUGUGUAACUUCUGCAGCCUGCAUGUAAACAUAGUCUUCUCUUCACAAUAACUUCCUUUGACAUUACAGCAGUCUUUCCUCACAUGCUGAAAGACUCUAUGAGAUCUUGUGACACCAUUUUUGUGUAAUCAUACAUCCCAGUGCUUCAUCCAUCUUCCUGCGAUGUUUUGCACCUGGCUUCAGCACCCAGCAGUACAUCCAUCUGCAUGCAAAGAUUUGAGUUCAGAACAUAUUGAGUCUGUCACAUCUUUGUGUCUGAUCCAUAUCUUUUAGGAUUGAUGGACCUGGUGAGCACUCGAAAAGAAAAUCUGAUCAGAAUUAGGGACGCACAA